GUGAAAAACAUGGUUUUUGGGGUAAAAAGCAUGUUGUGUUAAGAUUUUCACCUCAUGAGCAUGAAAACAUCUUUCUCUUGUUCUUUGUUUCAGAUCUCAAGGCUAUACUGAGUUGCACCACACUGGGAGGCUUACUGGAUAAGCAGGAGAAGUAUCCCUGUGACUCCCAAAAAGUGUCUCCGCUUCUAUCUUCUCCCACGAUGGCCCUGGCCUCCUUCCAUCUGAUGCAAACUCUAAAGAACUCUCCGGCGGCUCUACGUCGGCGAUUCCGUCGCGACCGAACAGAGAGCCUGUCUCACGGCGAUCCCCUCUUCAAGGUGCACUACCUUGGCACCAAGAAGAUCUUCUCCCUGGACUUGGAGCAGGCGGAGGAUGCCAUCGAUCGACUCUUGGAUGGAGCCCCUGGGAAGCUUUCUAAAGAUCACGCCCUAGUAGUGCGACCCCGAUACGUCGAAGUUAAAGAACUGAGCACUGGAAGGCAGCUCACCAAGACCUACUUGCAGGAUAUCGCGUACUGCGCCUCGCACACGGCCAGGCCCAAUGUGUUUCUGUACAUCUGCAGGCAGCCCGGUCAGCAGCUGCAAUGCAGAGUGUUCUGGUGCAGUCGGGCAGAAAGGGUGAAGGACAUGACAGCAUGCUUGGCGAUGUCGUUUCAGAGAGCACUAAAUGACUGGCAGGGUGGAUGCGCCACGUUGCCGCAAGGGGAAGGGAUCACUAAAGAGCCAGAGAUUUCUGGUACGCCCACUGCAUCCAAAGGCUCAACAUUGCCAGCUAGU